AUGGCAUCAUCUAUUGAUUUACAUCCGCCGAUUCAUUGGGGACAAACACUACAUAAUGUAUCAUUACGUAUUGGACUUACGGAUGUAAAAUAUCCGAAAAUUGAUAUUAAUGAAUCAUGUAUUAAAUUUCAAGCUACUGGAUGUAGUGGAUCACGUGGUGAACAAUUAUAUUCAUUUGAAAUUGAACUUUAUAAUAACAUUGAUGCAAAAGCUAGUAGUUAUAAAACAAAUGAUCGUGAAAUAAAUGUUAAUUUAAAGAAAAAUACAACUGAUACAAAAAAUCCAUGGCCUCGUUUAACGAAAACAUCUGCUAAAUUACCUUGGUUAAAGGCUGAUUUUGAUAAGAUGACAUAUAGUGAAGAUGAAUCAGAUCAUGAACAAAAGAAGCCAACAUUUAAAAAUAGCUUUGAUGAUGAUAUCUACGAAUCGCUUCGGCAAGAUUCUCGUAGAGGUAAACCAAAAGGUUUUGUUGAUCUUCGAACGAAUUGGUUACUCUUCUAUAAUCUUUUUCAAUUUAUGGCUUAUUUAUGGGUAUUUACUCGUUUAAUAAGUCAUUUUAUUUCAAAUGGACAUUUGAAAAAUGGUUAUAGACUUGUGGAAAAUCCAAUAAAAUUAUGUCAAUCAUUAUCAGUUCUUGAAAUAAUUCAUCCAUUAAUUGGUUUUACUAAAGGUGAUUGGUUAUCACCAUUAAUGCAAUUUUCUGGUCGAAAUUUAAUUCUAUUUAUUAUUAUUAAUUAUAAUCAUCAAAUAAAACCAUCACCAAUUAUUUCUUAUUUAUUCUUAGUAUGGAGUUUUGUUGAACUUUUUCGUUAUCCAUACUAUGGCAUUCGUCUAUUAAAUAAACCAAAUCGUAUAAUUACUUGGUUCCGUUAUACACUUUGGAUUAUUCUUUAUCCAUUAGGAGCAUUUCUUGAAGUUUACAAAAGUAUUGAUUUUUAUCAUUCCAAUGGUUAUUUAACUCUAAAUUUACCAAAUAAAAUGAAUUUUUCAUUUGAUUUUGCUCUAUUUCUUCGUAUCUAUUUAGUACUAUUACCAAUAGGUCUUGUUCAAAUGAUGCAACAUAUGUGGAAUCAACGAAAAAAGACAUUGAUAAAAAAGAAUCAAUAA